UAUUCCAAGUAACUUUACGAUCACCAUAAUUGGCAUAUUCUAAAAUUCGAAUUCGAUUAUAUGUGGAGACUUUUUCAGUACACCAUCCAUCGGGCACCACUAUUGUCAAAGGCAUUGCGUAGAAGGAACAUACACGCCAUGUACUAUGACCUGCAGGACUCAGAGCAGUCACACUCUCCCCCUGCCAAACGACCAAUCACCGAAGUGCAAGCAGGGAUCUCAGAGUCCUUCAAACGUGCGAGGAUUGAACAUGAGGAGCCCGAGAAGACAUUAGAUGCAACCGAACAUGAAGGUCCUUCCGACACUCCCGCCGCUGAUACGAAACAGGGAAAGCGGGAUGCAGCGGGCUGGGCGAAGUCUAGGCGGGGAAAGGCCAAAGAUACGAAGAACAAGGGACGCAGACGUGGGACGCGUGACCAAGAUAAGGAUGGUGAAAAAGAGGGUGAGGAGCAGAGCCCUAGAGUCCCGCGCCUGCCUAAGAAACAGAGCGCAUUGCUUAUCGGGUUCUGCGGGACAGGAUGCAAUGGAAUGCAAAUACAACCCGACGUACGGACGAUCGAAGGUGUCCUGUUCGACGCACUCGUGCGUGCCGGAGCAGUCUCAUCAGACAAUGCAGACGACCCCGUGAAGGUAAAUCUAGGGCGGGCUGCACGCACCGACGCAGGAGUCCACGCAGCUGGCAACCUGGUGUCUAUGAAACUGAUCACCGCGAUUCCUGGGGUGACAGACUGGGUGGCACGUGUAAACGAAGAACUCCCACAAGAGAUUCGUGUUUGGGGCUCCGUCCGCGUGCAAAAUUCAUUUAACGCUCGCAUGUCUUGCGACAGCCGCAAGUACACAUACUUCUUCCCGUCGUAUCUCCUUAUACCUCCAAAGCCUGGGUCAGGAUUUCAGCGUGCAUAUGAAAAACACGCACAGUCCAUGCAGGGCAUUGUCCCUCUAGAUUCUUCCGCUCAUUCCUUCUGGAGUGCACCUGAAUCUCAUUCUUCCACCCCUAUGGAUGAUCUCCUACGCAAGCGCUCGUGGAGGAUAAGUUCAGAUCAGGUAGAGCUCAUCCGUCGGACUGCAAAUAAGUUCGAAGGGACGCAUAACUUCCAUAACUUUACUGUUGGACGCGAGUUUGGAGAUCGCAGUAAUCAGCGGCAUAUGUGGAAAAUUGAGAUAUCUGACCCUGCGGUCUAUGGAGACACUGAGUGGAUAAGUGUCCUCUUCCAUGGGCAGAGCUUUAUGUUGCAUCAGCGCAAAAUGAUGUCCGCUCUUGUCUUGUCUUGUAGGACAAGUACACCAAGUCAAGUCAUCGACGAACUAUACGGGCCGCGCAUUGUCAUGAUCCCAAAGAUGCCUGCUCUUGGUCUCUUGCUAGAGUACCCAAUAUUUGACUCGUAUAACAAGAAAGUUACUUCGAUCAACGAGAAGCUCGAGCCCUCCCAUCCAGAUUACCGACCUAAAAUUGAUUUUGAAAAACACCGAGAGUCUAUCGAUGCAUUUAAACAAACCUUUAUUUAUGACAAUAUGCGGUGCAUUGAGGACCGCGACGGGGUGUUUGAUGCGUGGAUGCGCUCAAUCGACUCAUAUGGAGGUGAUGAUUUGUUGUAUUUGAACCCGAAAGGUAUCAUUCCUGCGGCUGCCGUUAUAAAGAAGGGAGAUAAGAGAGAGAAUCCAUUCAAGGAGAAGAGAAAGUUUGACUUGACGAGUUUCCCUGAUAAACAAGGUACCCCGACUAUCGAAGACGACGAGGAGACAGAGAGCAAACUCAAUAAAUCCCGCCUGGAGGACAUGGAAGGCUAAGUAGUAGCUGUGUUUCCCAUCUUGCAAGAUUAGUGCAUAGUCGAUGUACAUUAUGCGAGAUGGUGGAGACAAAUUGGCGGAUGCGAUGAAUGUGUCAGAGGACGGAAUCUGUUUUACAUAUUUCCUAAUGCCUGUUGCAAUCGUUCCCAAAUUCCACUUUGCGACAGCCGUCGACGGUGAACGACCAACAUGGUCUGUAACCAGUUGACGAGCAAGCAGCCGCCUUGCUGGGAUGUACAUAAGCUGGC